AUCCAGGACACCUGCCUCUAAUUUACUAGCCUCCUCUUUUUUGGAGGGGGUGAGGGUAGGGCAAGCGCCCAAGACAAAUAUGGCGGUGACGGUCUCAGGCGCGGUCACCUGCCUGAGCCAAUCGCUGGGCUGGGAGGAGGGAAAGCCUGGGGAAACUCGGUGAGGAGCGUGCGCAGGCGCACUGUCUGGCACUUGGCUCCGCAGCCGGGGAAUUAGGCUUCGACCACCGGGAUUGUGGUGAGAGGUUGGACCCCCGGGCUGGGCGAGCAGGCGGGCCGGGCCGGAUUGGGGGGGGGGCCGAUCUGACACAGAUGCCAAACCCACGGGGGCACAAUGCCUUCCGCCCCGGGAGCCGUGUGAGCCGUGUGCAGGGGUCCUAGAGGUGAUGAGAAAAAAGAAAGAGGCUGGGUCAUUUUCUGGCACCAGGCCAGCGGCGUGCAGUAUGCGUGUGAGAAGCCGCGCCGGCUUCAGCUCCUCCCUUAUUACCAGACUGGCGAUGCCUUGCGCGGCGUGGCCUCUGCUGUACUUCGCUGAUUUCCUCCCGUUGUAGGCACAGACUCUCCGGGUGGAGAUGCGCAGUGCGGGCGUCACCCCUCAUGCUGUCCAGCCCUUCCUGCCGGGCGGGAUGGCCAGGCUGCCCUCCCGGGGCUGAGCAGGGCUGAGCCAUGGCGCUGGCGUGGCCCCGGGCCUGGCUGUCGGGACUGCCCACGGCCGUGAUCUAUGGCUCCCUGGCCCUGUUCACCUCCAGCCUGCACAACGUGUUCCUGCUGUACUACGUGGACACCUUUGUCUCAGUGUACAAGAUCAACAGAACGGCCUUCUGGGUUGGAGAGACAGUGUUUCUCCUGUGGAACAGCCUCAACGACCCUCUCUUCGGGUGGCUCAGUGACCGCCAGUUCCUCAGCUCCCAGCCUCGGGCAGGCGCCGGGCUCUCCUCCCGGGCAGUAGUGCUGACCCGGGUGCAGGCCCUGGGCCGGCACGGGCCGCUGCUGGCGCUCUCGUUCCUGGCAUUCUGGGUGCCCUGGGCCCCCGCUGGCCUGCAGUUCCUGCUGUGCCUGUGCCUCUAUGACGGCUUCCUGACGCUCGUGGACCUGCAUCAUCAGGCUUUGCUGGCUGACCUGGCCAUCUCGGCCCACGACCGCACCCACCUCAACUUCUACUGCUCCCUCUUCAGUGCGGCUGGCUCCCUCUCCGUCUUUGCCUCCUAUGCCUUUUGGAACAAGGAGAACUUCUCCUCCUUCCGCACCUUCUGUGUGGCACUGGCAGCUGGCUCUGUGCUGGGCUUUCUGGGAGCCACGCAGCUGCUGCAGCGGCGGGUGGAGGCGGCCAGGAGGGGCUCGGGCUGUGCAGCCCUGGCAGGGGACGGCGGGCUGUGCAGAGAGGAGCUGCUGGUCCACGGUGAGGAAGCUGGCAGCAUCACCCUGGGCCAGUAUCUCCGGCAGCUGGCGCGCCACCAGAACUUCCUGUGGUUCGUGGGCAUGGAUCUGGUGCAGGUGUUUCACUGCCACUUCAACAGCAACUUCUUCCCUCUCUUCCUGGAGCACCUGCUGUCGGACCGCAUCUCCCUCUCUGCUGGCUCCUUCCUGUUGGGCAUCUCCUACGUUGCUCCUCACCUCAACAACCUCUACUUCCUGCCGCUCUGCCGGCGCUGGGGAGUCUAUGUGGUGGUGCGGGGGCUCUUCCUGCUCAAGCUGAGCCUCAGCCUGCUCAUGCUGGUGGCUGGCCCAGACCACCGGGGCCUGCUCUGUUUCUUCAUUGCCAGUAACCGUGUCUUCACUGAGGGCACCUGUAAGCUGCUGACACUUGUGGUCACCGACCUGGUGGAUGAGGACCUGGUGCUGAAUCACCGCAGACAGGCAGCCUCAGCGCUCCUCUUUGGCAUGGUGGCCCUGGUGACCAAGCCAGGCCAGACCUUUGCCCCGCUGCUGGGCACCUGGCUUCUCUGCUUCUACACAGGUCACGACCUCUUCCAGCAGCCCCCAGUGACCCCUGUGGGCAGUGCCCACCCCCAGCCAGAGCCCCCAGUUCCAGCCCCGGCGCAGGCCCCACUCCGCCAGGGCUGCUUCUACCUGCUGGUGCUGGUGCCCAUCACCUGCGCCCUGCUGCAGCUGCUCACCUGGUCCCGGUUCACGCUGCACGGGCAGCGCCUGCGUACGGUCAAGGCCCAGCGCCAGAGUCUAGCACAGGUCCAGACCCUGGACAUUAAGACAGUGUGAGGUGUGGUGAGGCCGCCAUGCUGAGGACUGCCGGGCCCACCUGGAGGACGGACAGCAGAUGGCAGCUCCGGGCACCGAGCCAGGACUGUCAGUGAGGUCUGCUGGGCUCUGCUUGUUAGGGCUGGGCCGGAUGAAGGGGACCAGCAGGGACAGGGCCGCACCCCUGAGGUGGGUCCAAAGGCCCCUGACCCUGCCUGGGUGGGGCUGGCCCCUCUGGUGACCUCAGGAGCCACUUUUGGGACUGUGACUUCUCCUUUGCCCAGUCAGGGGAAGCUGUGUCAGGUACUUCCUUCUUCCCUCACGUGGCUCCCUGUCCCUGCAGCUGUGCCAUCUCUAAAGAGUCAUUUUGUUACUGAGUGAUUAAAGCCUGUCAUUCAUAUUC